CCUAUUCUGUUAAGAGUAAGUAUCUGUAAAUCACGUGCUGUGGUGCAUUUCGAAAUGUUGUGGCAUGCUGGAGUUGUAAAAAAUUCAGUCUGCAAUGGCAAAUGCAGAAACAAGUGAUGCUGAUAAAGUUCAGCCCCAGGGUAGCACAGAAACAGUGCUCUAUAACUGGCAAGAUGUAACUGAGGAAUUCAUGGAAGCUGCCUCAGAGUUAAGUCUGGGAGAACUUUUACAUGAUUCAGACUUUGGUUUGUUUGAAGCUAUGUCUGCCAUAGAAAUGAUGGACCCUAAGAUGGAUGCAGGAAUGAUGUGCAAUCAGACAAAACGAAAAGUAUUAAGUUUUGAACAAGCUAUUGAGGCUGGUACUAUCAAAAUUCAAGAUAUCCCCCUGCAAGAUCAGAUUGGUAUAAUGGACAUGACUUUAUCAUGUUUAGUAACAUGGCUAGAAGGCCACUCCUUAGCACAGACUGUAUUCACAAAUUUGUAUCUGCACAAUCCAUUUAUCUUAGAAGACCGCUUUAUGAAGGCAUUUUCCUUAUGCAUGCUGAAGAUUGUAGAUCUCAUUAGGGACAGGAUCAACAGGGCGUCAGUGUUCGAGGAGGAGGACUUUCAGCCUAUGACAUACGGAUUUAAGAUGGCUGGUGAUAUCACAGAUAUGAGAGUUACAGGGAUGGUGAAGGAGGCAGAGGAAGAACUCAGCAAGACCAUCAGGAAUACUAGGAGUAAAUCAGGAGAGGAAAGAGCUGCUGUAAUUGCUGAAGAGCAUGAGUUAGCUGUAGCUGUUUUUUCAAGGCUGAAAUUCUGCAGACUGCUACUGACAACAUUGCUGGCUUUUACAAAAGAAAAGUGCCAAGGAAUCCCUGAUGCUGACAAAUACUGCAAUCAAAUGUUAGAGCUGAUACCUGCCUUGAAGAGCACAAUUCAGCUUGGAGUACAGCCAGAUGAAAAGUCAGCAGAUUAUCCACUUAUUAUGGGGUUUGAGCCCCUGGUGAACCAGAGACUGCUGCCUCCCACCUUUCCCAGAUAUACCAGGAUAAAAACAAGGGAAGAAACCAUUCAGUAUCUACAGGAGCUCAUACAUGACUUCAAAGCAGUGUGUUCUGUCACUGAAUGUACAACCCUGCAUGGGGCUAUUGAUUUUUUCUUGGAAUUUAGCAGGAAAUCUCCCAGUGUGCUGUCCAGGUCUUUAGUACAGCUGGCAUACCUGAAUCAGAGCAGGAGAGUGUUUGGUACCCAGCUCAUGCAAGAUGUUCUCAGGGAACAGAUCAGGAAUUUCAUAGCUCCCCCAGCUCUCAUGCUGAAGAGCCCAAUAUUGAAUAAUCCACAAGCCAAAGAACAUAUAGAUGCUUUACUGACACAUGCAGUGCGUCCAUUGUGCAAUGUUAUUCAAAUAACAGGCCACAACAGGGCCAGACAGAGAGACAAGUGGGGACAUCUGCUGGAGGAAUUGGCAACACUACAAGAAGAGGCAGACCGUGUGGACUCUGCUCUCCAUGGUGCUCUCAUUAAAGUGGAUCCCAAUAGGCAGCAUUUGGCAUGUUUUGGUACCUGGGUGCUCUACCACACCCUUCAUGUUAUGAUCUACUAUAUCCAGUCUGGCUUUGAAUUGGAACUAUAUGCUCCACAUGAGUACCACUAUAUAUUCUGGUAUCUUUAUGAAGUUCUCUACAACUGGCUUGUGUCAUCACUUAACAGAGCAGAUACUUUUCUAAUGGAACAAGAUGCUAUUGCAGAACAACAAAAAGGCAGAAAUGCUAAAAAGAACAAGAAGAAGAAAAAAGGAAGGCAAUAUGCUAGAGAAGUAGCAAUCAUUCAGGGUACACAGGCUUUGUGUGGAGGCUUUUAUAAGGCACUAGUUGGGUUCAACAUAGAUGGUAAACUAAAGCAGCCAGAGGUGGAGUUUGACAGUGAGGAGGUCAGAUAUAACCACAGAUUUGCACCUUUUGGGGUGGUGGGCACCCCACCUCCAGUGCAUUACACACAGUUCAAAGAUAUGACAGAUUUACGUCGUUUUGAUCACGACCCUUCUGCACAAGAAAUGUACACAGCUGCUUGUAAGAACUUCCAGCAAGCAAGAAUUUGUUAUGAGUCUGUCAGUAACCCUACAGAAGAGAUAAACAAUUUGAUAAAAGUAUCAAAAACCAACAUGGUAGUAAUGAAUUUGUUAGCAGGAGGGCAUAAAAAGGAAUCAAAGAAUCCACCAGGAUGGGACUUCUCUGUUCAUAGGAACUUUCCCAUCAUCAAAGUUAUGUAACUCAGCCAACCUUAUCAGCUGAUGCUAAUUUUUUAAGAUGAAGGGUUUUCCCUGACAAUAUAAGGAGUGGAAAUAAAACUGUAACCUAAGGAAAAUAAAGAAGACCUUUAGUUUGAGAGAUUAAAAAAAAAAAGUCAUAACUGAUGAAAGUGACAAGUUACUUGUGGUUUUCACUGCAUAAUAAAUAAAUAAAUUUUAA